UUUUUUUUUUUAAGCUGCGUUUCGGUGCGUUUCGGUGUGUGCGGGGCGCGCCGGGCCCUGCCCGCAACUGGUGCUGCGAGGAGGAGGAGGGCGGCGGGGGAUGAAGGUUGAAAGGAGACAGCGCUGCGUCUCCGGGCAGCCGGCGGGGACGGUCGGGGCGGUUUUGCUGUUGCCCCCCUUCAGGGGCUCACUGAGGUCCCUGUAGGGCUGCCCCUCACCUGCGCAGCACCAAACGCGUUUCCCGGCCCCAUCGGUGCCCCCGCAUCCCCGCGCGGCUCCGCUUCCCGCUGUCCUUCCCGGCCCCUUCCCGCUCGCUGUGGUUCUCGGGCUCCGAUGCUCUUUUUGAGAUAAGGUUUCUCUUUCUCCAGAGGGAUUUUUGCAAUUCGGGAUUUUUUUCCUCCCCUCCCCGAGGUCACAGCAUCCGCACGGUUCCCCCCCCCCCGCAGCGCUGGGGCUGCUAGCAGGGAGGAAGGGAUGGAUAGAAGCAAAAAGAGUCUUAAAGCGAGAAGUGAACUUUCCCUGUUGCAUUAAAAUAGCAUUCUGGGAGAUGGAGGAAGACGAGGCUCAGAGCACGGCUGGAACAGAUUUCUGUGAGCCCUGUGUUGGUGCUGCCCCAUCCCUCGCUCCCACAUCAGCCCUUCUGUCUGCUGUCAGCGUGGGGUCCCCAGUCUGUGGGCUCUGCCCUGUGCCACCCAGCGCUGUGGAGUUGCAGGGCUCAGCCUGGUCCCCAACCCCGAGCAGCCCUGCUGCUGUUUGGUGCCUUCUCCCUCAGAUCCCCUUUUCCCACCCCCUACAAGGCCCAGGCUGAUGGUGCGCUUUGCUGGCCAUGCCCAGGCGGCUCCUUGAGCUCUGCAUUCCAAUCCCGGCCAUUUUGGCAUCCUCAGGGCUGCACCGGCUGCUCUGGCACCAGAAACGAUGCUACAGCCUCAGGCCCCAAUCCCACAGGUAAUCCCCAAGCCAACCCCGCUGUCCCCCCAAGGCCCAACCUCACACCCGCUCCUCUGCACCAUCUCAGCAGCACUGCUGGGUUUAUUCUCCUGUUGGUCUGAGCGGUGGCUGAGCAGCUCUGUGCCGUGCCCACCUCCUCGCUCUGCAGCUGUCACCGUGCUGUGGGGACAGAGCCAGGCAAUGCUGCUCGACGUUGAUCCCGUUUGCCCAAAUCCGCCCCCGUUGUGAUACAGGUUGGUGAUUUUGGAUGGCAGUUGCAGUCCGACGCGAGCAGCCCCUUUGGAAGCAGCGCUUGGCUUUUGGAGAGGGCCGUGCUGCUCUCUGUGUGGACUGAUGGCUGCUGGGGGGUUCUCCGGAGCUCAGUGCAGAACCACACUGGGUUGGGUUUGGCCGUCCCGUGCCGGCGCGCUGUGGGCGAUGCGCGUGGCCACGCGGCUGGCGGAGCAAAUCUCGGCUGCAGCGAAGGCCUGGGUGUAUUUCAGUGUCCUUGAGGAGCCGUCAGACGACAGAGCUGCCGGGAGAGCGGCUCUGUUUGUUUUGGGUGGUGCGUUGCUCCCCUUCCUCCCUGCUCGGGUGGCUGGUGCCGGAUUCCCAAUGAAUUAUUUAUCGUGGGACUAAAAAUACCCGGGGAUUGCAGCGAGAGCCGCGGUGCGGUCCGGGCUGUGCCAUCGUGUGGGACACCAUCGGCGUGGGUCACCGAGGGCUGUGCCUCACCUCGGCACUGUGGCUGCUGCAGUGGGCACGGAUGUGGGAAGGGGUUGUGGGGUCGGCAGCUCAACCCUGCGCUGUGACACCAGGUGCGUGGAGAGGCACUAAUUUGGGUUAUUUCACGUAUUUUCAGUCCGAAAUGCUGGCAGUGCUUUGCGCCAAAUGGCAUUGUGCCGUGUCACAGGACAGAGGGGUCCCCGGGGCAGCCCCAGCACAGACCCCAAACUUUCUCUCUCUGUGCCAAGGAUGCGUUAAGCAACAGCAGCUUUUAAUUGCGGGUGACAUUUCCAAGCGCCGGCUGGCAGCUGGCAUCUUGCUGCAUGCAGUGCCACUAUGGCUGGCACGUGGCUGAUGGCCCUGGGGCUUCAGGGCUGGGGUUGGUGUUCCAGACUGGCUGCUGCGAACGGCCCACCAGCCCUGCAAUUCCAGUCAUGCCAGGCAGCUAAAGGGAACCUUCAUUCUCCUCCAUUCUUUAGGAACUGCUGGGUACUUGAGCUGGGUACAACGCAGCUAAAGCUGGUGAGCAGCUUAUGGGGGGUUUUCCUUUGGGGGUUUUCCUUCCAGGCAGCAGCAGCAGGAGCUGAGGGGCUCUUCUGCCCCAUCGCAUCCUGGCCCCACUGGCUCUGUGAGGGAUCCACACUGCACUGCAGAGGGUGCGCAGGGGGACGCGAGCUUUCAGCCUGUAAAUAUUUCAGGUGACUGUCAACGUGGAGAGCGCCAUGAGGGAGCAUCCAGCUCCUCCCAGCACCUCCUGCUGCUGUCCCUGUCCCUGCCCACAGGCAAUGAGGAGCAUCCUAAUGUGGCUUAGAUGGGAAGGAGGGCAAAGUGGCGGCGAGAUGGUGAUGGGGUGGUGGAGGGAAGCAGGAACAGGUCAGGGAAGGUUUGUGGCUCCUGGGGAUGAGGGUAAGGGAUGUGGCACUGGGAGACAGCACCGCUGUACUCCCGAAGGGGCUGAGCUGGAGGGCACAGGCCUAUGGUCAUCCCCACCCCACAUCCAGCCUCCAAGGGAGGAGAGUCCCCCCUUUCGCUGGGGUCACCCACUGCUGGGGUGGUGCGUGGGGAGUGUCCCCACAGAUGAAUGGGUGUGAAGGGCUGUGUCCGUCCUCGCAGGGACACGGCGGUGGACAUGGGCAGAGCGCCGGCGCACACUCUGCUGCUGUCGUUGGUGCUGGGCUGCUCAGCUGCCUUCACCGAUGUGCUGCUGCCCGGCCCUGCAGAGCCAGUGGUCAACGUGGCCGUGGUGUUUGGGGGCACGUCCUACCCGCUGCACAUCCGCUCCCGCCUGAGUCCCCAGAGCUUCCUGGACAUGCCCCUGGAGAUCCACCCCAUCACCGUUGUUGUCAACAACACCAACCCCAGCACCCUCCUCACCCACAUCUGCGACGUGCUGGCCAGCCGCAAGAUCCACGGCAUUGUCUUCGAGGACAACGUUGGCACAGAAGCAGUGGCCCAGAUCCUUGACUUCAUCUCCUCUCAGACCCAGGUCCCCAUCAUCAGCAUCAGCGGGGGCUCUGCAGUGGUCCUCAGCCCCAAGGAGCCCACCUCAGCCUUCCUGCAGCUGGGCGUCUCCAUCGAGCAGCAAAUCCAGGUGAUCUUCAAGGUGCUGGAGGAAUACGACUGGAGCUCCUUUGCCGUCAUCACCAGCCUCUACCCGGGCUACAACAUCUUCCUGGAGCUCAUUCGCUCCUUCACUGACGCCAGCUACUUCGGCUGGGAGCUGCAGGAUGUGCUCACCUUCGAGAUGAGCCAGGAGCGGAGCAGCUCCAGGACGCAGCGGCUCCUGCGGCAACUCGAUGCCCAGGUGCUCCUGGUCUACUGCUCACGGGACGAGGCUGAGUUCCUCUUUGAGAUGGCCGGACAAGCUGGGCUGGUGGGGCCGGGCUACAUCUGGAUCGUGCCCAGCCUCACGGUGGGCAACAUGGAGCUGCCGCCCACCUCCUUCCCCAUCGGCCUCAUCAGCGUGGUGACAGAGAGCUGGAAGCUGAGUCUGCGGCAGAAGGUGCGGGACGGGGUGGCCAUCAUUGCCAUGGGGGCAGCCAGCUUCUUCCGAGCCCACGGCUUCCUGCCGGAUGUGGGACGGGACUGUCGGGCGCCCACUGCUGCUGCCAACGCCAGCUUCUAUCGGCACCUCCUCAACGUGACGUGGGAGCACAGGGACUUCUCCUUCAACGAGGGCGGUUACCUGGUCAGGCCCACCAUGGUGGUGAUCUCGCUCAACCAGCACCGGCUCUGGGAGAUGGUGGGGAAGUGGGAGCACGGCAUCAUCCACAUGAAGUACCCGGUGUGGCCCCGCUACGGCUCCUUCCUGCAGCCCGUGGUGGACAACCGGCACCUGACGGUGGCCACGCUGGAGGAGCGGCCCUUCGUCAUCGUGGAGAACACCGACCCCAGCACCGGCGUCUGUGUGCGCAACACCGUGCCCUGCCGCAAGCAGACCAACGCCUCGGCCAGUGAUGGCCUCGCAGACCCCUACACCAAGCUGUGCUGCAAAGGCUUCUGCAUCGACAUCCUGAAGAAGUUGGCCAAGACGGUGAAGUUCUCCUACGACCUCUACCUGGUGACCAACGGCAAGCACGGCAAGAUCGUGCGCGGGGUGUGGAACGGCAUGAUUGGUGAGGUGUAUUACAAGCGUGCAGACAUGGCCAUUGGAUCCCUCACUAUCAACGAGGAGCGCUCCGAGAUCGUGGACUUCUCCGUGCCCUUCGUGGAGACUGGAAUCAGUGUGAUGGUGGCCAGGAGCAAUGGCACUGUCUCCCCUUCUGCCUUCCUGGAGCCCUACAGCCCAGCUGUGUGGGUGAUGAUGUUUGUGAUGUGUCUGACCGUGGUGGCCGUCACUGUCUUCGUGUUCGAGUAUUUCAGCCCUGUUGGUUACAACCAGAACCUCACCAGUGGCAAAAGGCCGGGCGGUCCCACCUUCACCAUCGGCAAGUCGGUGUGGCUGCUGUGGGCUCUGGUCUUCAACAACUCCGUGCCCAUCGAGAACCCCAAGGGCACCACCAGCAAGAUCAUGGUGCUCAUCUGGGCCUUCUUCGCUGUCAUCUUCCUCGCCAGCUACACCGCCAACCUGGCGGCCUUCAUGAUCCAGGAGCAGUACAUCGACACCGUGUCAGGGCUGAGCGACAGGAAGUUCCAGAAGCCGCAGGAGCAAUACCCCCCGUUCCGCUUCGGCACCGUCCCCAACGGCAGCACCGAGAGGAACAUCCGCAGCAACUACCCCGACAUGCACACCCACAUGGUGAAGUACAACCAGCGCUCUGUGGAGGAUGCCCUCACCAGCCUCAAAAUGGGGAAGCUGGAUGCCUUCAUCUACGAUGCGGCGGUGCUCAACUACAUGGCGGGCAAAGACGAGGGCUGCAAGCUGGUGACCAUUGGCAGCGGGAAGGUGUUUGCCACCACGGGCUACGGCAUCGCCCUGCAGAAGGACUCACGCUGGAAGCGGGCCAUUGACCUGGCCCUGCUGCAAUUCCUGGGAGAUGGUGAGACCCAAAAGCUGGAGACGGUGUGGCUGUCGGGGAUCUGUCAGAACGAGAAGAACGAAGUGAUGAGCAGCAAGCUGGAUAUUGACAACAUGGCCGGAGUCUUCUACAUGCUGCUGGUGGCCAUGGGGCUCAGCCUGCUGGUCUUUGCCUGGGAGCACCUCGUCUACUGGAAGCUGCGGCACAGCGUUCCCAAGUCCCACAAGUUCGACUUCCUCCUGGCCAUCAGCAGGGGCAUUUACAGCUGCUUCAGCGGGGUGCAGACCCUGGGCAGCCCGGGGCGGGCGCCCACGCCCGACGUGACGGCGAGCUCAGCCCAAGCCAACGUGCUGAAGAUGCUGCAGGCGGCCAAGGAUAUGGUGUCGACGGCCAGCGUGGGCGGCUCGCUGGAGCACGCCACGCGAACCAUCGAGGACUGGAGCAGCCGCAGCGAGCGCCUCCAGACCACCUUCUCGCUCAGGACGCCGCAGCUCGUGGUGCAGAACAGCACCGGCACGCACCGGGGUCCCUUCUGCGGCCCCCCGCACCCCGAGAGACUGCGCAGAGUCUACGCGCCCAAAGGGCCGCCCCGGGGGCUGCCUCUCUCGUCCGGCUGCGUGCGAACUGCUGAGUCACAGCCUGAAGCACUGAUUGAGCGCCUGGAAGAAGAGACCCGGUCAGCCCGGAGCUCAGGUGGAGGCGACUCACCGGUGUGA